UUUUGUUGGGGAGCAGUCGUGUCUCCAGAAAAGAGAUUAGAUUGUGUUCAGGUACGUCAAACAGUACCUUCAUUGUUUAUUAUUUUUAAACAAUAUUUUUGGCUUUUCUGGCCACCGGACCACCCGCUCGUCCCGUCACACUCACAGAAUGUCGUCAGAGAACCUGGACUCGGACACUCAGAUGGACUACGAGGACGAAAAACAGGACUCCCAGGAGAAGAACGCCAACCCGGUGAAGGUCGAGGAAGCCAAGCUAAAGGCCAAGUACCCCUGUCUAGGUCAGCGGCCCGGCGGCCCUGACUUUCUCAUGAAACGGCUACAGAAAGGGCAAAAAUACUUCGACUCCGGCGAUUACAACAUGGCCAAGGCAAAGAUGAAGAACAAGCAGCUUCCCGUGGCGGGGCCCGACAAGAACCUGGUGACCGGCGAUCACAUCCCCACGCCGCAAGACCUGCCACAGAGGAAGUCGUCCUUGGUGACCAGCAAGCUCGCCGGCUAGCCUUCAACGUCACACUAGGAGACCACGCCCUGCCUCACCCGUAUCCCUGCCCCUUGUCCCCCGUUGUUGCACCAACCACCACCACUCCCUCUUCAACUGUCAUCUGCAGGCAACAUCCAGGCAGACUUGUUGAGUUGAUGUGCUUGUUUGUGGGGUGGAAGGAGAUGUCCUCCACUUCUGAGCACACUUCCCCCUACUGUGCACUCUGCUCCACCUCUUGCCUUGGCUGUCCGUGUUCCAAGAUUGUUGCCAUCAGGUGUGUGGCUUCGUUGGGGGACUUUGUGCACUUUGUAUUUUGGUGAUUGUUGUGCGUCAGGGACUCAGGAUCCACCUUCAUGCUCCAGGAUGCGGUAUGGGGUUCGAACGCGCGCACAUCCUUACUUGCUCGUAUACCAAAUUUGCGCGGGUGUGAUGGGAGUUCACGUCGCUUUACUUGUUAUUCCCUAGAAAAAACACACUGCAUGAUUGUAACCGAUAAGAAAUCCUAAUGGAAGAGGGACCAUCUUCUUUUGUUUUGUAUUUUUUUUGCUGUCCGGACAAUCUGCAGCGCAAUCCAGUCGCUGAACUUUAUCCGACUUCUGCUUUAGCCAGCAAGCACUGUUGCACUGGCCGCAUGCUCCUCGCAGUUGUGCUCACACAGGCAUGCCCUUUGUGCAGUUCAGUUGUGUGCUUUAAGCAGGAAAUUAAGCUUCCAAGUGGGAGGAACAUUAUGAUUACUACAUCCAUUCUCACAGACUGUCUGUCCUGGAGACUCAUCCAUCAUUCAAAAGCACACUAGCCUAAAUGUUGAGUGUUAAGUCACAUGAUGACAGGAGUCGUCAUCUUUUGUGGACUUGUGGCCCACCGUGCAUGUGUGCUGCUUCAGUUUGGGCAGUUUUAAAGACAUCCAUGGAUGAUGAAAUAAGGCAACAUAAAAGAUCAUUUGACUCCAGUAAACCUACUUUGUCAAUGUUUCUGCAAGUGAAGUUUGAUCGCAAAUGAAAAUCCAUUUGAGCAUUUAUGCCGUAUCCUUGAAGUCCAUGUACUAGCAAACUCUUUGUCCUCACUAGUAAGACAUUGCAGCGCAUUAGUAGAACGACUGUCUUACUCGUGAGGUUUUCCACUACAGGUGCCACUUUUGGCCUACUAGUAAGACAUUACGCUGGAUAUCAAAUAAAUGCUCAAAUGGCUUUAUGGAAAGCCGUUUGAGCAUUAUAGUGGGGCCCAGCUAUUCACGGAGGAUAGGGACUGGGCCCGACCGUAAAUUGCGUAAAUUUGUGGAUAGUUGAUGCCCAUUAUAAUUUCAAAUAUAUUUUUUUUAUGCAUCAAAUUCUUGAAUAAGCGGGAAUAUUCCGCCAAUAAGUGUUUUCAGGUUUGGUUCCAACCAAAAGAUGGAAAAAAAUGGGAAUAAAAAUCUCUUGAAUCGGUAAAUCCGCAAGUGCCGAACCGCGAGUUUGCGGUGUUCCAGUGUACUUGAUAUCCAGCUUAAGGUCCAUGUACGAGUACGCUCUUUGUCUUCACUAAUGACAAUUCAGCACACUAGUAGAAUUACUCUCUUACUAGUAAAGUUUUUCCACAAGUAUGCAAUUAUAGAUUGGUAGUAAACUACUAUGCUGAACUAGUAACACUACUCGGCCCAACUAGUAGGCAUUUGUAGCAUACAAGUAGUGACCUAGACCCUACUAAUAGUACCAAAAUGCCCACUAAAGGUUUCGCGUCACUAGUAAUGUAGUCGCCCUACUUGUAACCCAGAAGUGUCAUAUAGUAGUGCAAGAAAUAUUACUAGUUAGAUACAGGCAUUCUAGUAGUGCGCCCCAGUGGGUCUUCUACUGCGCUAGUGUACUAGUACAUGGCCCUUGAGAUUGAUAUCAAGGAAUAAAUGCUUGACGGAAAGCUGUUCAAGCAUUACUUGAUAUACUUGAUAUCUUAAGGUCGAUGGACUAGUACACUCUCGUCGUCACUAAUAUGACAAAUACAUCUUACUAGUAAGGCAAAACUGUACACUUGUUGACAAUUGCGUGAUACUUAGAGGUGUCACAGUUAAUCAGUUCAUUGAUCAUCACGUUAAUGGGCAAUUAUUUUGAUAAUCGAUUAAUCAUUUAGAACCAUUGUUCAACUUAAAAUUGUCCAACUCCUAUGAUAUCAGGCUCUCAACAGUAAAUAUUCUCAGAUUUCUUUGGUCCUCCUUGAAAGCAGACUGAUUAUCUUUGUGUUUCAUCCAAAUGAGACAUUUGCAAACAUCUGCUUUUACUUUGGAAAACAAUGAUCAAAAUGUUUGCCUAUUUUGUGACGGAUAAUACGGACCAAACCAGUAACCAAAACCUAAUUUAUGCCAUAAAAUAAUACUGUUUAAUCUAUUACGAAAAUAAUCGUUAUUUGCAUCUGUAGCAUGAAUCACCUGUAAUUGAUCUUUUUGAACCUGAAGCAGCCUCACAGGUGUAUAUGAAACUAGUAGCCCUUCGCAUUAAUUGGUACCCAAGAAGUAGCUCUCAGUUUCAAAAAGGUUUGUGAGUACACUGUACAACAUCACUCCCUCUCGUGUGAAAUUGCUUAACUGUAGUUGAUUUGGUUUUGUCAAUUAAACAGUAUCAAAUAAACAACAAUAAUCGGUUCAUAAACAGUAAUCAGAAAAAAAGAUUUUGCAGUCAACUUUAAUACAAAAUAAAUUUUUAACCGAUGAAUGUAGUUGUCCAACUAGUAUGCCGCGAGUUGUCAUACUUGACGAGUAAAACAUACUCGUACAUGGACCUUAAACUGUGUAUCAAGAAUAUGCAAUAAAUGCUCAAACUGCUUUCCAUAAUCUCUGGCGUGUCCACAACAUGAUAACAAGCACAGCCAGCUCCGUUUAAUAAAAGUAGGCUGCGGCGUUCCUGCAGGGGUGUGCUCACACUCCUUUUCUCACCGGAGCACAUAGACAUGUCGGGACGCAUCGUAGACGCCCCAAGCCUGUCAAACUGCUCUGCAGUCCUGACAAAGUUCGAAUUUAAAGUGCAUGACAUUCCUCCUUCAGGGAACGUUUGCACUGUCGGUGAUCAGGUACAUCCGAGGAACAUUGUAUAGAGAAAUCCAUUUGAGCAUUUAUGCAAUAUACUGUACUUGAUAUGCAUCUUAAGCUCCAUGUACUGGUCCACUCUUUGUCCUCACUAGUAAGACAAUUAAGCUCACUAGUAGAAUGACUUACUUGAAAAAUUUUCCACUAUUAUGACAUUUCUGCACACUCGUAGGACAACUUUGGCAUACUAGUAGGACAACUACAUUACUAGUGAGGCAAAACGGCACUUGUCUGCAAGACAAGUACUACUCGUGAAGCGCUAGAUGUUAACUCAUUCACUUUCUAGCCGUUUUCAAAGCAGUUCCCCACAUCGCCAUCUGUUUUUGAGCAUUUUGAGUAAUCUUUCAAGACCCGCAGAAUAUUGUUCUCUGACCAAGCCUAUCAAAAGAAAGAGUAGUCUCUUCUUUGACCAGGAAAACAAAAAAAGUUUUUUUUCUAACUUUUUCCGUUCUUUAGUAAUCAGCAGUAGAUCAUAGUUUGGUUUUACCAAAAACACUCGUUUGUGGCCAAAAACCAGGCAAAACAAGCAUUUUGUGAAAAGAAACACAUCAAACAGAGUGACUUUGACGCUAAUAUUGAGGGCGUUUGAUGGCAAAAUAAUUUAUUUACAGAUAGUUGCGGUUCGAUUUGAGGUGUGGGGCGGCUGUGACUCAGUUGGUACUGUAGGGGUUUGUCCACUGACCGAAGGGUCAGCGGUUUGAAUCCCGACUGACUGUCCUUGGGCAAGACACUGAACCCUUGAUUUCCUCCUUGUCAGCAUUGUAAAUGACAAACUGUUGUCAAUUGCCUUACCUGGUUAAACAAAGGAAAAUGAAUACAACUAAGGAAUGUCCGCAUGGCUUGAAUUGAGCUUAACAUGGCGUUCCUCAUUAACUCCCAUUUUUUUCUCACGAUCACAACACAUACAGUCAUGCUAAAAAAAAAAUGGCACUCCCUGGUGUGCAAUGUUUUAGCCAUGACUGUAUAAAAAUAAACUUUUUUGUUUUUUCCCGUCUGUCUGACGUAAAAUCAGACUAAACUUUUCCUGUUUUAGGUAAAUUAGAUUACCUAAAUUCUUUGUAUUUGUUAAAUGUCAGAAUAACAAAAUAUUUGUUUUUGUUUAUAUAUAUAUAUAUAGAGAGAGAGAGACAGAGAGAGAGAGAGAGAGAGAGAGAAAGAGAGAGAGAGAGAGAGAAUACAGGGGUGCCAAUGUUUUUAGCCAUGACAGUAUAGUACUCUAUUUAUACAUGUGCGUAAACUUGUUUUGCCAAACUAGCAACGUAGUUGUCCUACUAAUAUGCCAAAGUGCAGAAAAACCUUAAGCUGGAUAUCAAAUAAAUACUCAAAACGGCUUUCCAUACGCUGUCAGCCUAUUUGUUUCUCUGUUGGUGGUACACGUCUGCUUGUUGUGUGUGUGUGUGUGUGUGUGAAUACAUUGUAAAUAGACCUGUGUGAAUGUGUGUGUGAUUCAGUGGAACCUCUACUAUUUGAAGGGCCUGCAUGUUCGAGUCUGUGUCAUGUGUAUAAAUGCAGCUGAUUCAGGCAAAUUUUCCAACUUGUUUGGUGGCAGCGUCUUCUCUCUCUGUUGUGACACAGGCCAAAAUGUGUGGAAUUUUCCUCCACGUCACUUUGAACGCCAAUUUAACAUCUCGCUGUUGGGUUGAAGAGCAAUUGUGGGUGAUAAGCUACCACGACAGGAGUUGUAACUGGUUAUCGAGAGGGGGCGUCUCUUGUUAAGCCACGACGACCGCAUGCCCGAAUGUAAACGUGACGACAAAUGAGCAUCUCCUUCAUCUCCGUUCUUGUUGUGUUCUCCUCUCGUAUCACAAGUAGAUACAGUAGAUAUAUUUCACUCUGCCCUGGCAUCACUGCAGGGAAACCAGAGGUCUCCAUGCUUCAAGCACAAACCAUAUUCUUAAAAAGAAAAGGGUUUACAUGACAGGAGUACACACGGGAAACAUGGGAAGGACUUCACAGAGUAAGGAAUUUUAACUUCUGUGGGGAGUCACGAAGAGGAUUUUUUUUGGGCAGUAUUUGAAAUAAAAUUUUACAUUUAAUAAGGUAUCUACUUCUUUUUCUUUCUAAGUUGACACAUGCAAAACCAAUUAGAUUAAAUUCAAAUUAAUUUACUGUAAAUACUGCCAAUGACAUGAACCACUUCUGAGAGUCAUGCUCGCCACCAAUUGAACACCUCACA